UUUAGCUAACUCACCUAGGAGACAGUGCUCGUCUGUCUCCUCCUAGCUCCUUCUAUUUCUUCUUGUACUACUUUUCUUGUGCUUUGUGUUGGGUUGAUAUUUGAUAUUGAUAAUACCUAAGGUUGUAACUUUCUGCUGAUGGGUUUUGUUUGUUUUGGCGGUGUACGGUCUCUGUGGAAGGAGUUUUGAGAUGGGCGUGUUUUGAAUAAUUUUGACUGUUGUGGGGUUUGAGGAAUUGCUAUUGGGGGGGUGAUUUGUGAAUUAUUUUUACGAGUUAUGAAACAGAAGAGUGUGAAGGAUAGUGAUAAUAAUAAGUUGGGUGGUGGUUUUGAUUUGGAUGGGAAGGUGGUUGUGGUUGCUGUUAGAGCGGCAAAGGAAAUUUCAAAGGCGGCUCUUGUGUGGGCUCUGACUCAUGUUGUGCAUCCUGGUGAUUGCAUCAAGCUCUUGGUGGUCAUUCCUUCUCACACCUUAAGUAAGAGGAUAUGGGAUUUCUCCAGAUUCAUUAGUGAUUGCACCACUAGGCACAAAUCUUUCUCAGGAAACAGUCCAGAUGAGAAGCAUGAUAUCGUAGAUUCAUGCUCUAAGAUGGUGGUUCAACUCCAUGAUGUUUAUGAUCCAGAGAAGAUAAAGAUCAGGGUAAAAAUCGUCUCCAGUUCUCCAUCCGGUGUAGUUGCCGCUGAAGCCAAGAGAAUACAAUCAACCUGGGUUAUAUUGGAUAAACAAUUGAAAUAUGAAAAGAGAUACUGCAUGGAAGAGCUUCAAUGCAACAUUGUGGUCAUGAAGCAAGCAGGGCCAGAGAUUCUUCGUCUCAAUUUCAUCAAUUCUCCGAAGAUGGAACUCGAAACGAGCUACUGUUUAUCGCCCGAGUUAGAAACUUUUCCAAAGCACUUGAAAGACAAGUUUGAAGAGUCCAAUGUGAUUAGAGGGCCAGCUGUGACACCUGCAAGUAGUCCAGAUGAAGAGUCACCUCUAACUAUAACUGAUGUCGGAAGAACAUCAAUGUCAAGUUCAUCAGAGCCUGGGGCUUCACCAUUUUUGCCCUCUGGAAUUCGUGGAGGCCUAAAGAAAGACUAUCCAUUCAUUCUUGAAGAGAGCAAGAGCUUGAUUGAAUCUGACUCUGAGACAACAAACAGCGAAAAGCCAAGUUCUUAUUUCACAAGCUCAUAUUACCAUCCAUGGAUCGCAGAUUUCCUCAGUCCUAGUGGUGAGUUCUCAAAAGCAGAAGGCUCAGAGAGAUCCUAUGACAAGUCCCUGAUGUCCUCAUAUGGAGCUUUGUUGGAGAACUUGUCCAAACUAGACCGAGAACCCAAUAUCGGAAUGCUGAAUUACAGGCUUGAUUUGAACUUAAGCAGAAGUGUGAGGGAAGCAAUUUCCUUGUGCAGCAAUGCCCCUCUUGGUCCCCCUCCAUUGUGUUCUAUAUGUCAGCACAAGGCACCUGUGUUUGGGAAUCCUCCAAGGUGGUUCACUUACAGCGAACUAGAACUUGCCACAAGUGGAUUUUCGCAAGCGAAUUUUUUGGCUGAAGGUGGAUUUGGUUCUGUAUACAAAGGUGUCUUACCAGAUGGGCAGGUAGUUGCUGUUAAGCAACACAAGCUAGCUAGUUCUCAAGGUGAUAUUGAGUUUUGCUCGGAAGUGGAGGUCCUAAGCUGUGCGCAACAUCGCAACGUUGUGAUGCUUAUAGGGCUUUGUGUGGAGGAUGGGAGAAGGUUGCUUGUUUAUGAAUACAUUUGCAAUGGCUCCUUGGAUGCACGUCUUUAUGGACAGGAUCAAAAUCCCUUGGAAUGGUCGGCAAGGAAAAGGAUUGCUGUUGGAGCAGCAAGGGGAUUGAGAUACCUUCAUGAAGAGUGUAGAGUCGGCUGCAUUAUUCACCGCGAUAUGAGGCCUAACAACAUCCUUCUCACACAUGAUUUCGAACCAUUAGUUGGGGAUUUCGGACUGGCGAGGUGGCAGCCAGAUGGUGGCAAAGAGGUUGAAACAAGAGUGAUUGGAACAUUUGGGUACUUAGCUCCAGAGUAUGCUCAAAGUGGACAAAUUACAGAAAAAGCUGAUGUGUAUUCCUUUGGAGUAGUACUGGUGGAGCUUGUCACAGGAAGGAAAGCCGUGGACAUAAACCGCCCGAAAGGCCAACAAUGCCUUACUGAGUGGGCAAGGCCUUUGCUAGAAACGCUUUCGGUUGAGGAACUCAUAGACCCGCAGCUAGGGAACCAUUAUUUGAAGCAAGAGGUUUGUGAUGUGCUGCAAUGUGCUUCCUUGUGCAUCAGAAGGCAUUCUUAUUCGAGGCCUCGCAUGUCCCAAGUGCUUCGAAUUUUGGAAGGCGACAUUGCCGUCAGCUCCUUGAUCAACUGUGAGUAAUUAGCAAAUAAAAUACACAAAAUAAUGCAGUAAUCUUGAGGAGGCUAGUGAAAAAGGGCAGUUCAAAUGGAGAAAUAUGUUGAAAAAAAACGAGGCUUAUGAAGACCAUUUUCUUAGGCAGCCUAUAUAAGAAAUGACUUGUUGCCUUCAAUCGCGUUUGUAUGAAUUUUGGUCUCUUUUGAGAGGGAUGUGACUGUAAAUAAAUUGGUUUCUUCUUGAGUUGUGUAUCUAGUAGUCGGAGUCAUUUAGUGGACGUUUGGUUCAUGAAUUCAGAACCAUUCUCGAUUUACGUGUGUUUUUUUGUGAGAUAAAAUACUGUAGCGAGCCACGAACCAUGAUCCGAAUCAUGGUACGAAUCCACCAACCAAAUGCAUAGUCAUCUAGCUAAUAGUGUUGCAAUGUAAUAAUGCUCCUGAAAUUUUGUGGUACAGAACAUAUAGAUUAUACUUUUGUAUUAUUUGAUAGACAUACAUCGUUAUGUAAAUUCUGUCUCUUCUAGUG